UCCCGCCGGGCUCACUCCCGGCGCGUUAAAAAGACUCGUUAAUUUUUUGUUUUGUUUCGUUAACGCUGGCUAUUCCCAUUGCAAAAAGCCUGCCCCCCGGCCUUCUCAGUGGCUCAGCUUUCCAGUCUGGAAAGCCCCAGAGUAAUACUUACUGAGCUAAUUCUCGCAUUACGCAGCAGAGUUGGCUAGCCUGUCUUAAAAAGGAGCCGAGUUUGUGGGGAGUAUGGGAGGCACAAUACCACCUGCUCCAGCCAAUACCUCCACAGAGGAGACAAGUAAGGGCAAAGCAGAGGAACAUCCAGAGGAGCCGGUUAAAUCACCUGAACCAGAAAGUGAAGAGAGUGACUUAGAAAUUGACAAUGAGGGAGUGAUUGAACCAGACAACGAUGACCCUCAAGAAAUGGGAGAUGAAAAUGUGGAGGUAACUGAAGAGAUGGCGGAUCAAGCUAACGAAAAGAAGAUUGAAGCGAUAAAUGCUCUCAGUGAAGGGGAUCUUCAGAAAGCUGUUGACUUGUUCACGGAUGCUAUCAAGCUGAAUCCUUGUUUGGCCAUCUUGUAUGCCAAGAGGGCAAGUGUUUUUGUGAAACUCCAGAAGCCAAAUGCUGCCAUUAGAGAUUGUGACAGAGCCAUCAAGAUUAAUCCUGACUCUGCACAGACCUACAAAUGGAGGGGAAAAGCACACAGACUUCUUGGCCACUGGGAGGAGGCUGCUCAUGAUCUUGCAUUAGCUUGCAAACUGGAUUAUGAUGAAGAUGCAAGUGCCGUGCUGAAGGAGGUGCAGCCAAGAGCACAGAAAAUUGCAGAACAUCGACGAAAAUAUGAGCGUAAGCGUGAAGAAAAGGAAAUCAAGGAAAGAAUGGAAAGAGUGAAGAAGGCACGGGAGGAGCAUGAGAAAGCACAAAGGGAGGAAGAAGCAAGGCGACAGGCAGGAGGAGCUCAGUUUGGUGGCUUCCCAGGUGGCUUUCCUGGGGCUGGAGGUAUGCCAGGAAUGGCAGGUAUGCCAGGUCUCAAUGAGAUUCUCAGUGAUCCCGAAGUUCUGGCAGCCAUGCAGGAUCCAGAAGUUAUGGUUGCAUUCCAAGAUGUUGCCCAGAACCCAGCAAAUAUGUCCAAGUACCAGAGCAAUCCCAAGGUCAUGAAUCUCAUCAGUAAAUUGUCUGCCAAAUUUGGCGGUAAACCAUAAAAUCCCUGGUUCUUAAAAAUCAUAUCUGAAUGGGAAGGAUUGGAUUUGGCUAACCAGUGUUGCAAUAAAACAAACCAUUUUACCUCUGAUCUUCCUAAGAAGAGAAAUGGGGUGUUCUAAGGAGAACUGCUCUCUAGCCCCAAGUAUUGACUUUAUUCAAUUAUUGGUUUAUAGAACUCAAAUUAUAUUCAGAUGACCUAGUUUCAACCAUCCCUUCUUGUCCAAGAGUUGCAACCUUUUAUUAUAAAUUUAAUUGUAAGUAUUACAGACAGUUUUCUCUGAAUGAGUACGCUUACAACAAAUUGUAGUGUUCUAGGAGUGCAAGAUAAAAACAUGCUAUUUUUUAAAUUGCUCUCACUGAGCAAAGGGGAAAGAACUUUAACAGUUGAAGUCUGUCAUAAUCCCCUUAAGACAGAAAAAUAGCAAAGGUGGGACAAGUCUGAAGAACUAACUGGAUAAAGGAAUUGUCUACAAAUACAGAUUUACUUUUUUUAAUGGGUGACUGACUUUGUAGAGCUAUUAUCAGAAUAAUCAGGCUAGCUAGUUACACACUGGAACUUCUGGCAGUACUGCAAAUCCUAUAUAAUUUCAAUCACCACAACUGUACAGCAAAGGUACAGUUCUAUCCUUUGCACAAGCUGGCAUGAAGUACAUAUUGCAGAGGCCACAGAUGUUUUGUUACUUGUUCAGUUCUUGUCCAGCACCUUUACAUAACAUUUUAUUUAUCGGUCUGCGUCUGGGAGAGCAGCUUACUGUCUGUGCUUGUGCUCUUGUCCUUUCCCAGUUGGCAGGCCCUCUGCUCAUCCUUCCUUGGGGCCAUGCUUACCAGGUUGCAUCUAUUUGGAAACUUUAGGGAAGGAAUCUUGUUCCCAUCACUACCUCUGUCCCACUGAAUCCAAGCCAUCCAGAACAUGUAUAUGCAGAGUUAUAGGUCGGUGAAGGGGAGAAUACCCAACAAAAUUGCAGCUCUGGGUUCUGAAUUGGUUUAAGUCCUUACAUGCUCGCUGAUUAAAAUUUCUUGGUCAAAGUCCUGCUGUCUCUGUAGAGGUGAUGACUCUUUCUUCACCACAUUCUGUAGUCUUCCAUCUUUUCUUGUAGCCUCUUGUUUAAAAAAAAAAAAAAAAAAAAAAUCUGUUGUGGUUUCAUACCUCCAUGGUUUUGAGGCUUGUGAUACGGAGGAGAAGAUGAAGUAAUUGGAACAGACAAAACAUUCUUCUAACACAUGCAUUUAUCAGCAUGGGUAUCCUUGAAGCAGUGUCUGUGCUGAUGAUGUUCUGCUGAUGAUGUUCAGUGGAUUUGGCUACCAAUAAAGACAGUUGCUUCUGUUUGUCUUGGCUAAAACAUCUUUAUGUGGGAAAAAAUUACCAUCGUUACCUGUUCACCACUUGAGUUUCAAGGUUUGUGUUACUCUUUUGUAAUUCUGUAUCUUAAGCCAUAACUGAUGUUACCAUUUUUAAACAAAUCUGGUUUAAUGUAGGAACUCAACAGCAGUUACAAAAAAGUAAAUUUCCAAAUGCUUUUUCUCCUGCUAAUGACCCCACACAGUGAAAUGUGAAUCUUUUUGCUUAAGAAAUACAGUUCUGAAUACUUCUCUUAGCCUUUAAAAAUAAAGUAUGGUUUUGGAAAACGCAGCCUCUUGGGUUUGUGUAACUUUCUGAUAAAAACUAUUUUGCUUAAAUUAAAUGUGGAAGUGCUUUAAUUAAACUGUAUAUAUAACUUGUGUUUUAAAUUGGAACUAAAUGCCUAAGGGCUUAUCUUCAUGACCAAAUGAACUCAAAUUACAGCUGUGUGUUGCUGUGUGCAUGGCUUUUGGUCAUAGUCUUGAUCUCCCAUUCCUGGGCAGAGAUAUUUGAAGUAGGUCACCCCCAAAAUAGGCUGAAUCUUGACUUCUGCAUUCAGGCUAGUGCAUAUGUGUUGUGCACAAAUCAGAGUAUCUUGAAUAUAGGUUUAUUCCCUACAGUUUCCUGUUAUUCCAUCUGGGCUGUUUGUAUCUGUCUAGCCAUGGGUAGUCAAAAGUAGGAAGUUACUCCUACCUAAUAGAAAUGGUCGUAUCUGUGUCCUGCCCGCUUGCUUACACAUCAGUUGCCCUUAUUGAGAGUUGAUUCAAUGAAAACAUGCUCCCUCAUUUUGAUGUUGGUGUUAGCAGUUUAGCUAUAUUAUUUAGAAUUCUUGUUCUUUGGGAAUACACAUCCUAUGACUCCUUUGGUGUGUGAGCUUUUUUGGUUUUAGUGUCGCUCAGCAAGUAAAUUGAUGAGCUGUCUGGACCUCAUCUCAGCUCCCUGAGUUAGUGUGUGGACAUCUAAGCAGCUAAACUGGUUUGAACAGAAGUACAAGUGCAGAAAGCUAACUGCACAAGAGAUGAGCAAAAAUGGGAAGUUCCAAAUGUGGUAUGUAAGUAGCUAAAGGGGGAAGUUGUUGUUUUCAUUGGUUGCUCCUGUAUUUACUGGCAGCUGCUUCAGGCUAUUUGUUCUGUUGCAGCACAGAGUAGGGGGUUGUUCUUGUAAGUGCAGUGGCAAUAAUCAGCUCUGCUGGCAGUUUGACUCUGAAAGCUGCAAGAGCGUAUUGAUGUCAACUAGGACAGAGUGCUGCCAGUCCUGCCCCUGGCUCAGGUGUGCCUUUCUGCCUUGUGCACAAGUCCUGUACCAUGCUCUUUGGCUGAUCCCAUGCCACAGAUUCAAUGCAGUGACACAGCUGCGGCUGACUGGUAGCGGAGGCUCAUAGCCUUGUUCCUGUGUGAGUCCCAGUGACUUCACUGUCCUCUGUGGUUCAGCUGCUGCCCCAAGGGAAAGCAAGUGUCCCCUCAGUUGCCACUUCUAGGCUGUUCUAGUUCACAGGGAGUCCCUUUGCAUAGUAAUGUGGAGAAUGCAAAGCUUGGUGCCUUUACCAGAAUUUUUUGGAAAUAUUCUCUCCCUUCAUUGUUGGGCUAUGAAUAAAUGGUAUUUGUUGAAGUGGCUUGGUUUGUCUUUGUGGGAAGGCAGUGAUUGGAUGAGUAGGAGGCAGACUCUCAAAGUUGGAUGAAGGCAGGUGGGACAAGCCUAGGUAGAACAGUGACAGGCCAGAGGAGAAUGGGUCAAUGAGUAUUAAAAAGCCAUGUAAAGGUAAAACCAUGUUACAGAAACAGCUUUUUGCAAGUACUAUAUGUAGUUUAAAAUAUUUGUCUUUAAAUGCCACCUCGUUUUUCUUGUGUGUUACUUUCAGGGCUUUUGCAUAAAGCUCAUACAAGCCACACUCUUGCAUAUGCCUGUACAUCCCUCUUCUGUGGGAUAGAAGAGCAAAUAAGGUUGUUAUGGGAGCUCAUGGCACCUGCUGUCCAAGCAGAAUCCUUCACCCAUAUGGGUGGGGGAUUCUGGACCUAGCCAGGGGGAGCUGAAGCCAGGUUAGCUUUGGCAUAUACCUUUCUAUGGAUCAUGGCGUGCUGCUGACUGGAAGUGUUUGGAGCCCCUUUUAAAUCCCACAGGGCAUGUAGGGAUGCUGCAGUGCUUUCAGGGCUGUAGAGCAAGUGGGUUGUUGAACUGAUGGUAGAGACUGGAGGGUUCUUUCCUUUCGUUUGCUGCAGGGCACUCUGACACUGGCAGUUAUUGGUCCUGAUGUGGAUUGGUAACCUGGAGCUGGAGGGUGGUUCAUUAGGAAAACAGUAGCAGUAUUUUCUUCUGAUGCCUGGAGAAAGGUGUCUCCUGAACUGUAUUCAGAGCUCUGUAGGUGGGCCUCAACCUUGCUUCACACAUGAUGGAGUGAAGGCAGCAUUGUAGGAAAGUAAUUCUGGAUUACCAAAGAGCUGAAGUGGAGUAAAAAAUGGUGGUGUCCAAUCAAAUGGAGACACCUCCAUGUUCAGUACCACAAGACAAAUCAUAGGAGGUCAGUAGUGUGAUAAAAGAAAAUGCACAUACAGAGGAGGCAAGAACAGUUUUAAUGUGACAAAUGAAGCAAGUCAGGUGGUUGCUGGUGACUCUGUACUGUGGAGCAGGAAAAAAAAUUCAAGUGACCGGGCUACAAGUCAUUGAUCACCUUGUGAAUCAGAGCUUGGGUAAGUGAUACUCACUUGAUGUGAUCCUCACAAACAGGAGCUUCAUGUAAGACAAACCUUUCCUUGUCCCUACUGACUGGAGGUCCUGAGGUCGCACGGAAUGUAAAUACCAAGGACUCUCCUGUAAAUCUGAAUCUUGAUGACUAACCAAAUCCAAAUGUUAAUUUGUAAUCUUGCUAACAAAGUGUUACUACUGUAUAUGUCUGCUGUACAAACACACUUUUGAAAGAUGUAUUCUAGAUGGAUGAUCUCAGACAAGCUUGAGAUCUUAUCAAUAAAUAAAUGUAUUUGCAGAA